AUUCAACACAUUUGAUUGUAUUGACAGCGCAUGCGUUCAAUGCUUUCAAAACAUUUAUUAAAAGAGAGACAAUUGUUUUGAUUUGAUUGUAAUUUCAGUGAAUUAUUGUCAUUAAGUGAUGAGUGGAGGGGUUUAUGGAGGAGACGAAGUCGGAGCCCUUGUCUUCGACAUCGGACACUACUCUAUACGCGGCGGAUAUGCCGGUGAAGACUCACCUAAAGCCGAGAUACCAACGAUGGUGGGCGCCAUCAAUGACUUUGUAGAGACCAAUGCUAUGGACAUCGAUGGACAACAAUCACAGACACAGAAGAAGUACUCGAUCGAUACGACUGCUAUUCAUUCGCCGCGAAAAGGCAUGGAAAUGACCACUUUCUUGAAGGACGGGAUGAUUGAGGAUUGGGAUCUGUUUGAAAAUAUUAUGGAUUACACGUACAAAAAACAUUUGAAAUCGGAUUCAAUGUUACAUCCGGUUCUGUUCUCUGAAGCGUCGUGGAACGUUAGGGCAAAGAGAGAGAAGAUAACGGAAAUUAUGUUUGAAAAGUACGGAAUUCCCGCUUUCUUUUUGGUGAAAAAUGCUGUUUUGGCCGCAUUUGCCAACGGGAGAGCCACUGGUAUUGUUUUGGAUUCGGGCAGCAGUCAGACAUCGGCUGUUCCCGUACACGACGGUUAUGUCAUACAGCAAGCAAUUGUCAAGUCUCCACUCGGAGGAGAUUUCAUAACAAUGCAAUGCAAAAACUAUUUUGAAGAGCACAACGUCGAAGUUGUGCCAUAUUAUGCAAUUGGAUCUAAAGAGGUUGUUAAAGAGGGUGAACCUGCAAAGUGGACACGAAGAACAACUGUUCCAACUGAAGGACUGACGAAGACGUGGCAAAAUUAUAUGGUCAAAGAAGUGAUUCAAGACUUUCAGGCCUCAUGCCUUCAGGUGAGUGAUUCGCCUUAUGAUAAGGAAAUGGCCGAUAAUAUACCAACCGUUCACUACGAGUUCCCCAAUGGAUAUAAUCAAGACUUUGGUUCCGAACGAUUUUUAAUACCAGAAGCUCUGUUCGACACAAUGAAUAUUAAAGGUAUUACCGCUUCUGUUAUGGGAAUGUCGCAGAUUGUCACCACAAGUGUUGGAAUGUGUGACAUUGAUAUUAGACCAUCACUUUAUGGCUCUGUUAUUGUGACGGGAGGUAAUACUCUUAUCCAAGGUUUCACUGAUCGUCUUACUAGAGAUUUAUCCACUAAGACUCCACCCAGUAUGAGACUUAAAGUUUUGAGCACAAACUCGACGGCUGAACGACGUUAUGGCGCUUGGAUUGGAGGAUCUAUUUUGGCAUCACUUGGUACUUUUCAACAAAUGUGGAUUUCUAAACAAGAGUAUGAAGAAGGAGGUAAAGGACAGGUCGAUCGCAAAUGUCCUUAAGUAGUGGUAUAACCACUUGUUCCGCCAAAUCUUCACUUUUUUACUUUAAUCUCAUCAUAAAUUAACAUUUUAUAAUUUCAUUGACUAAAUAAAUGCAUUUUAAUUAUUUAUUUGUACCCUUAUUAAAAU